CCCGGUGCCGCCCGCAUGGAGCUCGGCGGGGAGGCGCUGCCCGCGGAGCUGCGGGAGCUGGCGGGGAAGCUGGGCCGCCGGCCGCCCGCCGGGCUGCUGCGGGGGCUGCGGGCAGAGCCGCCCCUCCCGGUGCCGCUCCCGGUGCCGCUCCCGGUGCCGGUUCGCGGAGCCCGCCCGCCGCUCGCCGAUCGCCUCCGGGCGCUCCGCGUGGAGCUGGCUUACCUGCGGGCGGUGGACGUGAAGAUCCUGCAGCAGCUGGUGCUGGUGAACGAGGGCAUCGAGGCGGUGAAGUGGCUGCUGGAGGAGCGGAGCGCGCUGCCCAGCCGCGGCAGCAGCCUGGCCAGCAGUCAGUACAGCCUGGCGGGCAGCCAGGCGGCCUCGCGGCGGGGCAGCUGGGACAGCCUGCAGGACCCCCUCCCCGACAAGCUGGACAGCAUUUCGGUCGGCAGCUACCUGGACACGCUGGCUGACGACCUGGACGAGUAUUCCCAACACGCCCCCGAGCCUCCCGUCCGAGCCCCGGGGAGAGCCGAGCAGGAUUGGGGCAGGAUGGACCCCGAAAAAGCGCUCGGGAAGAUGGAAAAGGGCAAAGCGGAGCACUGAGUGGCCCCCCGGAGACCUCGCCCCGGAGCAGCAGCGGUUUGCCAAGGAGCCCCAAGUGGCCAACGGGUACUUGGGCAAGCAGCCCGGCCCUUUGGAACCGGGCAAAGACCCCAAAAUGCCAGCGGGGGCCGGGGAGAGGAUGGGGAAGGCUCGGAAAGCCGAGGGUGACUCGGAGAGCUGCAAGCUCACCAGCAAACUGCACGCGGAGUACGACGCCCACUGGCGCUGGCUGCAGUCCCAGGACGACGUGACGUUCUUGUAGCCCCUCUGCCGGUCCUCACGCCCCCGGCCCCGCUCCCCUCAUCGCCUGCUCUGCUUCCUUCGGCCCCGCUCGGGAGCGUGGUGUGGCUGGGAGGGGGGUCGGGGUGGCUGGGGGGUGUCCCCUCGUCCCUCCGAGCCCCCCGCGUGGGGACGCAGCUCGGAGGGGCCGGGUGCGGGCUGCCCGCCCCGUGGGCAGUUUGUGGGGAGGGAGGAUGAGGUGGGUUCCCCUAAAAUUAAUCCUUUGCUCUGGGGUGAGCUGAGCGCCCCCGUUGGGCGUGCUUGUCUCCAUCGCCCUCUCCAAGGCCAGCAUCCCUCAGGUCUGACCUGCAGGAUUUGGGGCCACAGCACGUGGUCGAUGCCAAAAUCCCCUUCCCUGGAGGGGCAGGAGGUUUCUGUGCCCUGCAAUGUGGUGGGGUGGGCACCGUGGCUGCUCCGUGGGGCUCUCUCAGUGCCCUACAGAGGAGGGAUUUCGGCACAGAUCUCCCCUCCCUGCGUGCCUGCAGAAGGGCAGAGCAAAGUGGGGGUUUCCUGAUGUGUUUCGAGGCUCCUCCACCAGCGUGGAUUUGCAGUGCCCCUGCCCUGGAGAUGCCCUCUGUGCCCUUGGCUUCUUCCCGUGCCUUUCAGUGCCCACCCGCUGUGCCCCCCAGCACCCCUGGCUUGCAGAGCAUGGCUUGUGCUGGAGCAGGAUCUGCUCCCUCCAACAGGUGAUGCGGGGAAGG